AUGGAAAUAAAAAAAAUAACUUUAGCAAACAUCAACGACAUUGAAAAUGAAAAAAAUGUAGAUACGUUAAGCAUGAUUACAAAAAAUGAAUUGAGAUUAACAAGUAGUAGAAAUGAAAAGGAUACUAAGAUAAAAAACGUAAGAUUUGAGGAUUCUUUAACAAUGAACGAUGAGCAAAUAAAAGUAAAAGAAGCUGUUUUUAUACUACAAAAUAUGGAAACUUUUAACUAUUCUAUUACUUAUACCGAAAUACAAAAUAUACGAAACGAUUUAAGAUUACUAGCUAUUAACAAUUACAAUGAUAAAAAAUAUUCAGAUUGUUUAAUUCAAGCUAUUCAUUCCUAUAUGGUAGCUAAAAAAUAUUAUUCAAAAUAUUUUGGUUUUUAUAUAACUGGUGAUAUGAGUACAGAAUUAAUUUUAAUAUGUAAAUGUUAUGUAUUAAUAGAAAAAUAUGAAGAAGGCAAAAAAUAUUUAAAUGAAUUAAAAUUUUUAAUUGACAAUACAUUAUUAUAUACACACAAAAAAGAAUUGUUAAAUGGGCAACCUACCGACACUAAUAAAGCUAAAAAUUUAGAUUCACAUUUUGAUGAACCAUAUAUAGUAUGUGAAGUACAAGUUUUAGCAAAUCUACUUUAUAUUUUUUCUGAUUUAUUAGGCCAAUAUAAACAAAAUGAAGAAGCAGAAAAAUAUUUUUUAAAAUAUUUAUAUGUUGUAGAAAAUAUUUUUAAUUCUGAUAGUUUAAAUUAUAGUGAUGCAUUAAAUGAUGUGUGCUCUUAUUAUAUUAAAGUAAGACAAUAUGAAAAAGCUAUACCUUUAUGUGAACAAAUUUUAAAUAUAAGAAAAAAGUUUUUUGGAGAUUAUAACUCUGAAACACCAAAUGAAAUCAUUGCAGAUUGUUAUUGUAAUUUGGGAUUAUUAUUAAGACUUUCUGGGAGUCCUUUAAAUGCUUUACACAAAUAUUUAAUAGCCGUCGAUAUGAGAAUGCGAAUACAUAAAACACGACAAACUAUUCAAGUUCAAAAUAUUUUAUUUUCUUUUGCUAUUAUUAUGCAUCAACUUAAUAACUUUAAAAUAUCAUUGCAAUUAUAUAAAGAAGUUUAUAAUUUUUACAAAACAUAUUAUGGUCCUCAAGAUAUAAACACAACAAUUGUUUUAAAACUAAUUGAAGAAUUAGAAGCUGAUGUUAAAAAAGAAGCUAAUAAAAAUCACGAUCAAAUAGUAAACAACCAAAAUGUUGGCAAUAACAUAAUAAAUACUAAUAACAAUAUAACAAAUAAAAAAGAUGCCAAGCAUACAUAUUGGAAUAAAUUUAAUGAACAAGUGCAAAAUAAUAAUAUUUUAAAUAAAUCUGAUUUAGAUCCUAAUUUAAUUGAAAAUCUUAUGAAUGAAAAGGUUCUAAUUAAACCAACUAAUAUAUCUCAUAACAAUUUGAUUGAUAAAAGAAAAAUUAUAUCUAGAGAUGGAAAAUUUAAAUAUAAUGAUUUAAGCUACUCAAGCAUUGAUGCAUAUAAACAUAUGAAAUCUAAUAAAGAAUUUGAAAUAUUAAAAAGUUCUUAUUUUCCAAUUUCAUCUAUUAAUAGAAUUAAAUCAUUAUAUGGCGACUCUUGGAGGAAUACAUUAAUUCCUUCUACUUAUAUUUUACCAUUUGUUGAAACAAAUUUAGUAGAUAAAAAAUUAAUUAAAUUUUCUGAAUGUAAAGAUUUUCAAAAAGCUAUUAUUUAUAAAAGAAAAGUUUUACCAGUUGUUAAUGUGCCAUUAAUAGAAAAAGGUUACGUUAAAUUAAAUAAGGACCAACCUAUUAUGAUAUGUAAUGAAGAUGCAAAAACUUUAUUAAAUGAAUGGAACGUUAAAGAACCUUUUAUAGAUUCAAAAGGAAUGGUAUUUAGUAAAUAUGAAAAUAUAAGUCAAGAGUUUGAUAUGUUUAUACCUAUUUUAGAUGAAAAUAAUGAGGUUAUGCUCGGAUUUUAUGAUACACCAUUAUAUGUACCAAAUCCUGCUAUUUAUCAUUGUAUUAUUUUAGAUGAUCCAUAUUAUUUUCAUAGAUAUAAUCGUGAUAAUGAUUUAUAUUUAAUCGAUAAAUUAAAUUUAAAUCAAAAAAAUAAAUAUUCGAGGGUUAAAAAUACUCGUAAUAUGGGUUCAAGUGAAAAUAAGUCUAAUUCUACUAACAAAAAUGAAUUGCUUGAUAAUAAAAAUAAAAGCCAAAGUUCAUCGUCUCAUUUAAAAAAUACAAAAUUAAAUGUAUCUAUUGUAAGCAAUUCAUCUAAUAAUAUUUUAAAAAAAAGUACAUCGAAUGCAAAACCAGUAAUAGAAACGAAAAAAACAGAAUCACAAAAGGUAGAUCAAUCACCAUCACCUAAGCAAAUCCCAAAAGAAAAAAAAAGUAUACUACUUAAAACAAAUAGGCUACCCACAGAUAAAAAUAGUCAACAAAAAAUGAAACAAUUUAAUAAAACCCACAUAUUAAAAACCAAUCUUGAUAAUAAAGUAUCAAACUUUUCAAAAGAUAGAUAUAUGCCUAAAAAGAAUAGUAAAUUUAAUGCCUUAUUUUUUAGAAAAAACGAACAAUUAAAAUUAAUCGAUCAUAAUAAUUUAGAUGGUGAUAAUGAUAAAUUAGAGAUAUCUACCAAAAAUAUUAAAUUAAAUAAAGAGCCCGUUUUAAAAGCAUCAAUAGAUUAUAAUAUUAAAAUGAAUAUCGAAAAUAAUAUUAACAAAUUAGAACAAUAUGAUAUUGAUAAUUUGAAGAGAGAAAUAUAUUAUGAAAAUGAUUCAAAAAAAAAGAAAAAUACUCAUUCAAAUAGAUUAUCAUUUAUGGAGGAUGAAAGUGAAACAGUUGCUAGUUAUGAGGAAUAUAAAAAAGAUAAAUUUACGAAAACGAGACGAAAAAAUAUGAACCAUAAUCAUAAAAAUCCAAAUAUUAAUGAACAAUAUUCUGAAAGCUUUACCAAUAAUAGUAGUAGCGAUAGCAACGAUUAUGUUGCAGAAUCUGAAAUCAGUGAUGAUAGUUCUUUAUCUAAUGGUGAAAAAGAUUAUGACAUUGAUCUGCAUAAAAUUUUCAACAAUAACUUAUCAUCUAAUGCCUAUUCGAGCAAUGGCCUUAGUUUGAUUUCAGAUAAUCAUAGUAAAUAUAAUAAUGAAAAAAAUAAUUAUAAUACAAAAAUGAUUAAUAAUCAUCAUGAGUCGACACCAAAUCAAAAUAAUAUUGAGCAUAAUAAAACUCAUAUAAAAGAAACAUUAAAAAAUAUUAAAAAUGUAAACAUCAAUGAUAUUUUAUUUAAAUUUGACUUAAAUAAAAAUGAUAGUUCACUAAAAAAUGAAAAUAUUUUAUCUGAUAGUGAUAUAACUGAUGGUGAAGUAUAUGCAGAAUCUUUCGAAAACAAUACCUACUCAACUAGCGAACAAUAUUUGGAUAAUUCAAACAAUACUGAUGAACAAAUAGAAAAUGAUCAAUCUUCAUUCAUAUCUCAUCAACCUUUCUUACCAUCUAUGCAUUCAAAUAGCACAAAUUUAUUUAAUAAUAAAAGUAAAGAUACUAAAUCAAGUUCUCAAUCGUCUCAAAAUAUAUCAUUUUAUUAUGAAACUAAUAAUAAACUAAAUAAAAAUUAUGAUGAAUUUAUACUAAGUGAAAAUGAAGAAUUUUAUAAUAAUAUAAUUAUGGAAGAUUCAAAAAGUGAUGAUCAAACUAUAGAAAUAACAAAUACCCAGGAAAAUAAUAAGCAUUUGUAUAGUUAUAAACAUAAAAAAGUUACUAACGAUUUAAAUAUUGACUCAAAUAUGUAUGAUGAAAAUUAUGAUAAAUAUAAUAUGAUUAAUAAAUUACAUAAAGAAUAUAUUUACGAACAAAAUAACCAAACACAUUUUGAUGACCCACUUAUAAAUAGUAAUACCCAAAGCGACACCCAAAAAACAGAAAAUACUGAUAAUAAAAAAAGUAGCGAUUCUGCUUGUGAUACUGGUAAUACUAUUGAUACACACACAGACAUUUUAUUUUUAAGAAAUAAUUCAAUAGAAGAGUUGGAUUCAAAUUUAAUAACUAAUAAAUAUGAAUCUAUUUCAAUAAUUGAUGAAACUAAAAGUGAUUAUACCGAAAAUAAAAAUAUUAACACAUCGAUAGAUGAUAUAAAUAUUAAAAGUACACAUAAAAAUAAAGAUAAUAAUAUAUCAUCAAAUCAUUUCAUUCAUUCAGAUAAAGAAUGUGAUACAAUAUUUUCUAGUAAUGAUAUCUCAUACCAUGAUAAUAAAACAAAUAUAAACAGUGUGCAUAAGAAUAAUAAUCAAAAUAAUUUAAUAAAUGAAAAAAAGAAAAAAGAAUCAGAAUCUUAUAAGAAUAUAGUCCACAAUGUUAUCCCCAAUAAUAUAAAAAAUAGUCAUACCAUAAAUACCAAUUUAAUGGAAUGUGAUAUAUCUUAUUUUUCAAAUUCGAAUGAUACUAAUAAAAUUAUAAAAGAAGAAAAAUCUAAAAAUAAAAACAACCAUAUUGAUAGUAACAAUUUUAAUAGUGAUAAUUAUUAUGAUUAUAAAAAUGAGGAAAGGGGUGGAAGAAAAAAAACAAAUGUACCCAAAAGUAAAAGAAACAAAAUUUUAAAUAUGUUCUCAUUUUUUUUAAAAAAUAAAAAAGAACGAUAUAAUAAAAGAAAAAAAAACAAAAUAACGAAUAAUUCUGAAUGUGUUAUAGAUACCCCUCAUAACCAAAUUAAUAGACAUAACAAAGAUUUCUCCCUAUCAAAUAGUUUUUCUAAUCAUGUUUUAGUAACAAAUAUAAAUGACUAUAAAUUAAAUGGAUCCUAUAAUGCUGCUUUAAAAGAUCAAUAUAUACUCUCAAAAAAGAAAAAAAAUAAAUUAGUAUCUGAAUCAAUUCAUGGUAUGAUCAAACCAAGAUUAAAUAUAAAAUCUAAAUUUUUAGCUUUGAAAAAAUUCAAUGCCGCCAAAAAAGGGCCAAUUAAUAAAAAUAUUUCUAUUGAAAAGGAUAAUAUGGAAGUAAAAAAUAAUGAUGAAAAAUAUGAAAAAAAAAAUAGUCUCGUUAUGAAGAAUCCACCACAGAAUGAUGCAAAGGAAGUUAGUGGGGAUUCAAGUGUAGAAACAAAAACUGAUAAAGAAGAAGUUGAAAAACCGGAAAAUACAGAUUCAAAAAGUGAUGAAUCAAAAACCGACGAAUCAAAAGGCGAUGAAUCAAAAGACUCGGAUACAAAAAAAGAUGACACAUCGCAAUCUGAAGAAAGUGACAUUAAAAAAAUUGAAAAAAAAAAUACCCAAAAUGAAGAGAAAAUGCCAAUACCCCAAAAUAAUACACCUGCUUCGGUAAAAAAUAAUAAUAAAAUACUUACUCUGAAAAAAAUAAUGUCAAAAAAAAUAGUUCCAAAAAUUGUAUUAAACAAAGCUGGUAAGGCAAAUGAGAAUACUUCUUCAACUGUAUCAAAAAGUACCCAAAAUGGUACCACACCUACUACUAAUACUAGUAAUAAAAAUCAAGAAACAAAAAUAAUAAAAAAUAUAAAUGAUGUAUUACCAUUUGAUAUAUUACGAAAAGUGAAAUAUUGUAAAAUUGGAUCUGAACCAGAUGAUGUUUUUGGUACAUUACCAACUGUUCAUUUAUUAAAUGCUGAAAAAAAUCUUUUAGCAAUUGUACCAUGGCAAUUAGAUAUAACUUCCUUCUCUUUAGCUAAAUCGUCUAUCGAAGAAGAAACCAUUAAGAAAAUUGGUUUACUUCAUAAAGAAUUGGAAGUUUCUAUUGAUGACAGGAAAAAAUUAAUAGAAAAAGAAAUAAAACUUUUAACAGGAGAAGGAUUAAAAGAAUUAGGAUUCACAACAAAUCCAACAGAUACAAUAAAUCCUGUACCCAGUUUAAAUCUUUUAUCUGGCAUAGAUUUAGAAAUGCUCAAAAAAUCAUAUAAAAUUGAAAAAAGUGAUGUUAUAGUAAAUACCAAAUCAGCAGGAAAUGGAAAAGAGGGUUCCAUAAAAAAAGAAGCCCCCAAAACGGCACCAAAAGUGACACCAAAAGGCAAAGGAGGAAAAAAAGGAGCUCCAAAAUUUAUGAAAGGGCCUCCAAAAGGAGUACAAGGUGGAGCCGUUACUGGAAAAAGUAAAUUUAGUAUUAAAAAAAAUCAAGCAAAAGAUGAUGGAAAAACAAAAAGAUUUUUCUGGGAAGCUUUAUUUGAAAAUGAUAUACCAGGAACACUAUUCGAUGAUAAAAAAGAUUUAAUAUCAAAAAUUGAAAUACAAAAAGAAAGUGUUGAAAAAUGUUUCACAAAAAUUGUUACUAAAAAAGAAGGUGGAACUGAAUUAAAAAUUAAAAAACCAAAAGUUAUACAAUUAUUACCCGAUUCAAAAAGAGAAUAUAAUAUGUCCAUUGCUUUAUCUAAAUUUAAUAAUUUCACAUUUAAAGAAAUAAGAGAUGCAAUUAUGGAUUUAAACCCAAGUAUACUUAAUAUAGAUAAUACAGAAGUAUUAAUGCAAUAUGUACCAACACCAGAAGAAUUUGAAAUUGUUAAAGAAUACAUUUGCUCUAAUGGUGAUUUAAAUUUAGUUGAUAAACCCGAACAAUAUAUAGCAGCAUUAACUGGUGUGCCUUUAUUAAAACAAAGAUUGGAAUCUCAUUAUUUUGCUUUAGCAUUUAAAGAAAAUUAUGAAAAUACAUUAAAUCCAUUGGAAAAUAUCUUAGAAUCAUGUGAAGCAAUAAAAGGUUCAACAAAACUUUUUACUAUUCUAUUUACUAUCUUAAAUGUAGGUAAUACAUUAAAUUAUGGUGACCCACAAAGAGGUAAUGCUUUUGGAUUUAAAUUAACAACACUAGCUAAAUUAAAUGAUAUAAGAUCAAGUACUAAACCUGUUAAAACACUUAUGCAAUAUAUAUGUGAAGUUAUUUAUGAAAAAAGCCCAGAAACUUUGGAAAUUAUCGAUGAAUUAAGAUGUAUUGAAAAAGUAGUCAGAACAGAUAAACAAAUAAUUGAUUCUCUUUUACAAAAAUUAAAAGUCGGUUCUACAAAAAUUAAAAAUGUUAUAGAACUAGCUAAAAAAAAUCCAGAAGAUCCAUUAUAUGAUGCACUUAAUGAAUUCCAUUAUAGUGUAGAACCAAAAAUUGAAGAGCUCGAACAAUUUUAUAAUCAAACACUUUCAGUAUUCAAAGAUAUUGCAUUAUAUUUAGGUUAUAAAGAAAAAGAAGUAGCUAAUGUACAAAUACAAGAUCUGUUUAAAGAACUUUGGAAAUUUAUUCAAUCUGUUGAAUUUAAUAGAAAAACAAUUAAUGAAAAUGCUAUAAAGGAACUCAAGAAAAGAGAAAAGCAAUUGGAAAAUGAAAAAAAAGGAACAGUUCUCAGCAAAAAGCAAAACUUUACUAUAGUUAAAAAAACUCAAAAGGAAACAGUUGAAAAUACUGAAAAAAAAUCCUUCAAAAUAUUUUAA